AUGGCCGCCGUCGACGCAUCCUCCCCGUCCUCCUCCUCGUCGGCUGCCCCUCGCCGCGUCAACACACCCCCGAGCCCCUCGUCGAACAAUGGCGCCGGAAGCGACAACUUCGACCGCGAUCUGGAAUUAGAGCUCGAACUCGAGCGUCCUGAGCCGGAUGUCGGCGACGACGUCGAAUGGGGCAGAGGCGGCGGCAGCAGCGGACAGGGGCGCGGCAGGGGUAUACGGCUAGCGCCACUGGGGAGGAAGCAAGAGUACGGGAACCGGCAUGAUGAUGAGGAAGACGAGGAAGAUGAGGAGGGGAAGCGGUUUCUGCCAGGACGUGGGGCGGGCGAUGCGCAAGCGGAAGACGCGGUGCAGGACUACGAGCUGUACACGCCGGACGAAGAGGCGGCGGUGGUGAAGCGAUUGGAUAGGAGGCUGGUGCUGUUCAUGGGAUUGCUAUACAUGCUGAGCUUCUUGGACCGGUCGAAUAUCGGUAACGCAAAGAUCGCGGGCAUGUCGAGAGACCUCUCGCUCAGCUCAGAACAAUACGAAUGGCUUCUCACGGCUUUCUACAUCACCUACAUCCUGUUUGAAUGGGCUACCCUACUAUACCGCCUCGUUCCUCCGCACAUCUACAUUCCGCUCUGUGUUUUCUCCUGGGGAUUCAUCGCCUCUCUCCAAUCGCUCAGCACCUCCUUCGGCUCCUUGCUCGCACUGCGCGCCCUCCUUGGCAUCAGCGAAGCCGCGUUCGGGCCCGGUGUGCCCUUCUAUCUUUCCUUCUUUUUCCGCCGCGACGAAUUGGCCUUCCGCACGGGGCUCUUCAUCUCUGCCGCGCCACUGUCGACGUCCUUUGCCAGUACGCUUGCUUGGCUGAUCACCAAGCUUGGUGAGGGUGGGCCUUGGGCACCCUGGCGUCUACUGUUCCUGAUUGAGGGCUUUCCCAGCCUCUUCGUGGCCGUCUGGGCCUGGAGCUUCGUUCCCGAUGGCCCCGGCGAGGCGCGCUGGCUGAACGCGCGCGAGAGAGAGGUUGCAGUAUUGAGGUUGCGGAAAGAGCGCGAGCAGGAAGCUGAGAUGCGGGAGAAGGAUGAAGAGGGUGUCUGGAAAGGGGAUAAGAAGAGGGGCGUGGACUUCAAGGAGGUCUUGCAGACGCUGAUGGAUCCAAAGUGCUAUCUCACAGCUUUCAUGUUUUUCAGUUGCAACGUCGCCUUCUCGUCCGUCCCCGUCUUCCUUCCGACCAUCAUCAAAGAAAUGGGCUACACAUCCCUAACCUCGCAAGCCCUCUCUGCGCCGCCCUACCUCCUCUCCUUCCUGACGGUCCUCGCCACGGCCGCGCUCUCGGACCGCUACCGCACGCGCUCGGUCCCGCUCAUCAUGCACGCCCUGAUCGCGUGCUUCUCCUUCACCCUCAUCUGCCUGCUGGGCGUGCUGCACUCGUCGCAGCACCAGCCGCCCGCCGCCACAGACAUCCUGGACGCCGCGACGACCGACGACCCGCACCCGACCAUCACCUGGACCCACUUCCUGCGCUACCUCGCCCUCUACCCGGCCACGGCCGGCUUCUUCACCGCCGUCACCCUCAUCAUCGCCUGGACCCUCAACAACCAGGAGACGGCCAGCCGCAAGGGCGCCGGCAUGGCCGUGCUCAACGUCGUCGGCCAGUGCGGGCCCCUGCUCGGCACCCGCCUGUUCCCCGAGGAGGAGGGCCCCUACUACAUCCGCGGCAUGGGCACCUGUGCCGGCUUCAUGCUGUGCGUCGCGGUCCUGGCUGCGCUGUUGCGGUGGGUGUUGGCGAGGGAGAAUAGGAAGAGGAAGGAGAAGGCGAUGAGGGAGGUGGGAAUGGAAGGAGGGGAGGAUGACGAGCUGGGCGUGCCGUUGGUUAGCAGUCACGAUGAGGGAGUGCGUCGUGGUGAAGAGGAGUUUUUGUUUAUGCUUUGA